CACAUUUUGGAUGUAGAUUUCUGACCCGGAUAACAGCGAUUUGGACUGUGAGGCAUCUACAGACGGGCUUCUUCAGCUACUCAAAGUGGCAUGUUAUGGCUGUCUAGAGUAAUGCGUCAGCUGCACAGAGACGACAACAUGAAGGUGACAGCCCUGCUCAUCAUUUGUUCCUCACUGAUCUUGGGGAGUUUUGGGAAGCCGCAAUUCCCUGAACAGGAGAAGGACCCCAAGUAUUGGAAUACUUGGGCCCAGCGGACCCUGAAGAAUGCCCUGGUGCUGCAAAAACUCAAUACAAACAAAGCAAAGAAUCUCAUCCUCUUCCUCGGAGACGGUAUGGGUGUUCCCACGGUGACGGCAGCUCGAAUACUGAAGGGUCAGCUGAACGGACAGAGCGGAGAGGAGACGCAGCUGGAGAUGGACAAGUUCCCUUUUGUGUCUUUGGCCAAGACAUACAACACAAAUGCACAGGUGCCAGACAGCGCCGGCACCGCUACCGCUUACCUCUGCGGGGUCAAGGCCAAUGAGGGCACGGUUGGAGUGAGUGCCGCAGCUGUCCGAUCCCAGUGUAACACCACAGAGGGCAAUGAAGUCACCUCCAUACUCAGAUGGGCUAAGGACGCAGGCAAGUCAGUAGGAAUAGUGACAACAACCCGUGUCAACCAUGCGACUCCCAGUGCUGCCUACGCCCACAGUGUGGACAGAGACUGGUACUCCGACAAUGAGAUGCCAGCUGAAGCUCUGCAGUCUGGCUGCAAGGAUAUCGCCAGACAACUCUUUGAAAACAUUCCCAACAUUGAUGUGAUUAUGGGUGGAGGGAGGAAGUAUAUGUUACCCAAAAACACGUCGGAUGUAGAGUACCCUGGCAUUGCAAAGCACAGCGGCACACGAAAAGACGGAAGAAACCUGAUUCAAGAGUGGACUGACAGAACGAAGGAUAAAAAAGGCCAUUAUGUAUGGAACAAGAAGCAGCUCUUAUCACUGAACCCUAACAACGUGGAUUACUUAUUGGCUCUAUUUGAACCCGGGGAUCUGAUAUAUGACUUGGAGAGGAACACCGAGACUGAUCCUUCACUGACAGAGAUGGUGGAGGUGGCCAUCAAGAUCCUGAGAAAGAAUCCUAAUGGAUUUUACCUGCUUGUAGAAGGAGGACGAAUUGACCACGGACACCAUGAGGGCAAGGCCAAGCAGGCUCUUUAUGAGGCUGUGGAAAUGGACAGAGCCAUUGGCCGGGCAGAUCUCAUGACCAGCAUCCACGAUACACUGACUAUAGUUACUGCUGACCAUUCACACGUGUUCAGCUUCGGAGGUUACACCUCCAGAGGAAAUACAAUAUUUGGUCUAGCCCCAAUGUUGAGUGAUGUUGACCAGAAACCCUUCACAUCCAUCUUAUAUGGGAAUGGACCAGGUUAUAAAUUAGUUAACGGUGCAAGGGAGAAUGUCUCCACAAUCGACUACCAGGAAAACAACUACCAGGCUCAGUCAGCUGUACCUCUGAGCAUGGAGACUCAUGGAGGAGAGGAUGUCGCUGUGUUUGCUAAAGGUCCCCUGGCUCACCUGCUACAUGGGGUCCAUGAGCAGAACUACAUCCCCCAUGUAAUGGCAUAUGCAGGCUGUAUCGGCCAGAACAGGGAACACUGUAAGUUAAAUAAUGCGUCUGCUGGUUUGCGCCCCGUCCUUUCGAGCGUGGCAUUUCUUCUCACAGUCACCCAUUUUCUGUGCUGACCUUCCCCUGACGGUCCUCACCUGAUAAAACCUGUUUUAUCCAACACAUUUCAAUUUGUUGUUGUUUUGUAAAUGUUCUAAUUUUACUACUAUUUUGAUCAUGAAACCACUGUUAGGGCACCUUUGUGACAACUAAUCUAUCAGGCAAAUGUUUAAAACAUUACAAAAUAAUAACACCCCUGAUGCAAUGAAAGGAAAAGUAGUACUGCAAGACACUGCAAAAUCUGAGUUGUGAUUUGUCUAUUGAAUAUUUUUUUAUUAAAGGUUUUAAGACCCCUUUGUUGUGUAAACUGUUAGGUUUGAUAGAUUGGAUAUGUGUUUCAUAUAUGAUUAAAUGUGCAGAAUCUACCUCAUGAGCUUGCAAAAGAUCUUUUGUAAUCAUGGUGUGUUUAGAAAGACACAUUUCGAUGGACAAAUUUAAUGCCGAAACCAGAGGCAAUUGAAUGUACAAUUGACAAUACAGUAAAAGAUAUGUAUUUCUUGUCAUUCACCUUGUGCAUACUUGCAAAAAGGACAGAAAAGAAGCCCACCUACCAUUGUUGUGUUAGAUAACAGAAGUCGUAAAACCUUUCAACUAAUAAAGGAAAUGUUUGUUUUCUGA